GAAAUAAUACUUGAUAAUAUUUCUUUUUUAAAAAGACAGGACAGGCAGGAUCGCUAGUCGCAAAAAAUGAAGGUUCUUUUUGUAUCCGUUGUUCUUAUGAUCGUAAUAGCCAUCAAAGGCCAAUCUGAGGCUACCGCCGAAUGGAAAGAUUACAAGACAAAACACAGUAAAAAUUACAAUGAAACGGUUGACGGAGGGAAGCAGGAGAAAAUGCGAAAACAAGUUUUCCUCAACAAAGACGCCAAAAUCAAGAAGCACAACAGCGGCAAUUCUACCUAUAAACAGACACACAAUAAACUCUCCGACAGGACGGAAGAGGAAUUGAAUCAACUUUUAGGAACUGUGUUGCCUCAACUAACCUCCAAACCUCGAUCGCUAAUAUCCAAGAGCGGUCACCAUAACGAUCGCAAAGCUAUUCGUAUUGCUGCUAGCUUGGACUACCGUAAUCACACUUGCCUGGCUGCUGUGAAAAACCAACGUUUGUGUGGUAGCUGCUGGGCUUUUAGUGCCAUCGCUCCGCUCGAGUUCUCCAAAUGCCUGAAAACCAAACGAGCCGUUGUGUUAAGCGAACAGCAACUGGUUGACUGCGACACUGCCAGCACUAACAUGGGAUGUAAUGGUGGAUGGUACACCGUAGCGUGGGAACACUUGCAGAAGGUUGGUGGAUCUGCUAAGGAAGCGCUUUACCCUUACACCGCAAAAAAAAACACCUGCAACUUCUGCUCGAAAUGUGCGUGUAAAAUCGGAGCCAAAGUUUCCUCGUUCGAUUACGUCGAAUCCGAAAACGCCACUGAGAUGCAAAUAGCUCUGACGAAAUACGGCCCUCUGGCAGUUGCCAUUACUGUGGUCGGCUCCUUUUAUUCCUACUCGAGUGGCGUGUACGAUGAUCCGGCCUGUGACGGAAAGGAUGUCAAUCACGGCGUUGUCGUAGUUGGAUGGGGCGUGCUUAAGAGCAUUAACUAUUGGGUCGUUCGUAAUACAUGGGGCACCAGUUGGGGGAUUGGUGGCUACAUCCUAAUGAAGCGCGGUGUCAACAAGUGCAGCGUUGAAACCUAUCCCGCCUACGUUGUGGCAGCAGCCUAAGAUAAUAAGCUAAUAAGCUCUUAAUGAGUUCCUUCGCUAAAUACUGGAUUAAUCAGUACGGCUCUCUUCAAGUUCCUAUAAUCUCUAUUAAAACAUUUGACAAUUUACAAAGGGUGUGGUUUUUAAUUACCUGUGGCAAAAUUCUUUGUGAUAAGUGGGCGAUUGGCAAGAAUUAUAUCGAAUACAUUGGAAUCAUAGCAAACAAA